AUGACGACGACGUCGGCUAUGCCGCCGCCUCCAACAGCGAGCGAGUUGCAUGCAUGGAUACUGCGGCAACAGAUUUUAUUGGAACACGAACGAAAGGAGGAACGUGAGCAGAAUGCUCUGUUGCUAUCAAAAUGUCCGCCUCGUGUUCUUGCUCGCCAUGGUCUCGCUUUGUUGGGUCUAUUUGUCGCCAGCUCGCGCACCGGCGAGGGCGGCAAGUUGCUUGUAGAACUGCAGUAUUCUACGGCAUUGCAUGCCUCACCCGUAUUAGGACCACAUACGUUCCGUCCUGGUGAUGUGUGUGCACUAGAAGAGCACGAGUCGAGCAAAGCGACGUCUUGCACACUAAGUUUGCGAGCUGUCGUGUACCGAGUUAGCGAGACAAGCAUCAUUUUGGCUCUAGACGAACGUAGUGCUUCACACGAAGACCAUGAAACAGAUUUACCGCCACUGAUUCGUAUCGUGCAAUUAGCGAAUGAGGCGACAUAUGAUCGGCUUGUCGAGACACUCGAGUCACUUGCACGUGUGAUGGGUUUGCCUACGCAGCAAGACGUACCUGCCCCUGAAUUAGAGCUCUCCGCACAUGCGCCCCGAGUUGUUCGUUCUUUGCUUGGUCUCGAAACUCCUGCAUGGAGGAAAGAGACUCCCGCCUGGAUUCCGAUCCAACCACAUCUCAAUGAUACCCAAAGGGGUGCGAUUUCUUUUGCUUUGCGCUCGGAGCAUCUUGCUUUGAUUCACGGUCCACCUGGGACGGGUAAGACGACGGCUGUAGCGGAGCUCAUCGUACAACUAGCGACUCUCGAUCCUAAGGCACGCAUCCUGGUGUGCGGAGCAAGUAACUUGGCCGUGGACAAUUUGCUCGAACGCAUUACGUCACCGGCGUACAAAGAUGCUCUUGCUCGUGCGGAUGCACGUGUUACGCGUAUUGGUCACCCGGCGCGUGUUCUUCCCUCUCUUACAAGUGCUACACUUGAUGUGCAAAGCCGACAGUCAUCCGAGGGGCAGCUUGUGCGUGAUGUGGCUGCCGAGAUCGACGAACUCAUGCAGCGACUUGUUCCGCCCCGCACAGGUGCUCGGGCAGGCAAUAAAAGUGCACGCAAUAUUCCGCGUGUCAAAGGCCUUGAGCGACGCAAGAUGUGGGAGCAGGUCCGUGAGCUUCGAAAAGAGUACCGACGACGCGAUCGAGCUCUCAGUAAUACCGUAUUGAAGAAUGCCCGCAUAAUUAUGUCUACAUGCCAUGGUGCUGGUGCCCGGCAGCUCGAUGACAUGCAAUUUGAUGUGUGCAUCAUUGACGAGGCAUGUCAAGCGCUCGAAAUGUCCUGUUGGACGCCCGUGCUUCGACUUGCACCCCACGGACGUGUGUUCCUAAGUGGCGAUCAUUUGCAAUUACCGCCCACUGUCAUGGCCGAUGCCCCACGACUGCCUGCUGGCUCAGGCACUUUGCGCCCGAGUGCUUCGUUGGAGGUCACCAUGUUUGAUCGAAUUCUAGACAUGUACGGUGAGGGAUGCAAGGCAUUUCUCUCCGUACAAUAUCGUAUGAACCGGGAAAUCAUGGCAUUCCCCAAUUCUCAGCUAUACAAGGGUCAGUUAGUUGCACACGAAAGCUGUGCGUCCAUUCGACUAACGGAUCUUGGUGUCGAGGGUGAUGACGACGACUUGUUUUGUGCACCAUUAGUCCUUUACGAUACGACCGGCGCUGGCAUGUAUGAACGCGAGGACGAAGCAGUAUUAUCAACGCAUUCACGAGUUAAUGAAAAUGAAGUGGCGCUUGUUCUGCGUCACAUGGAGUUGCUCGUUGAGCAUGGCAUAGCGCCUGAGUCCAUCGCUGUCUUAUCGCCGUAUUCGGCGCAAGUGCAUUUACUCAGUCAGCAAAUACGCAGUGCGUACGGUGCACGCGUAGAGGUUGGGACAGUCGAUGGUAUGCAAGGGCGUGAGAAAGAAGUCGUCAUUGUUAGUCUCGUAAGGAGCAACGACGAGCACCAGAUUGGCUUUCUUCAAGACAGCCGGCGAUUGAAUGUUGCUAUGACUCGCGCUAAAAGACAACUUGUCAUUGUAGGCGAUGCCGACACCGUCGGGGAGGGCAAGAAAGACGCAUCAGCGCCUCGAAAGUUCCUUCAUGCUUGGACAGAACAUCUGCAUUCACAGGCACUUGUCGAAAUGGCUACAUAG